GAGAGAGAGAGAGAGAGAGAGAGAGAGGAAGAAGGAAAAUUCGCUCAGCUCACGCCAUUGCCGUCCACAGGAGGAGACUACAAACUUUCUCGACUCCUUCCUUUUCUUCGCUUCUCCUCUUUUUCUGGAUGUAAUCGCGCGCCGGGAGGACUUUAAUGCCCCGCGAGGAGCUUGUUUUGGCGUUUGAACUCGUCUGCGCUCGGACAGGACAGCAGAGCUGAGGCGCUCGCAACUUCUGUGCGGAAAUAGAGCCACAUUGUGUCGCGCUGAAGGAGAUCAGAGGCGCUGAAGGGAGAGAGAGUGAGAGAGAGACACUGUGAGAGAGUGAGGAGAGAGAGAGAGAGAGGGGACACGAUGUUGGGGAGCGGAGGCACCUAUGCGAGCAAGAAGAGGAAGAAGCCCGUCCAGAAAAUACCCAAGCCCCCUCCGCCGGAGGGCGCCAAGUCGAACCCGUCCAAGCGGCACAGGGAUCGACUUAAUAUGGAGCUGGACAAGCUGACCAACCUGCUUCCCUUCUCCGAGGAUGUGCGCUCUCGGCUGGACAAACUCUCGGUGCUCAGGCUCAGCGUUGGCUACCUGAAGGUCAAGAGCUUCUUCAACGCCACCAUGAAGAACGGUGUGGGCGGAGCCUGGCCGGUGGAGCGGUCAGGGGGAGGAUUUGGAGGAAACGGGCAGGCCACUAGCAGUCUGGAUGGGGUCAGCUUCUCCGAGGGAGAAUUACUGCUGCAGGCUCUGAACGGCUUCGUUCUGGUCAUAACAGCUGAAGGUUACGUCUUCUACUCCUCACCCACCAUACAGGACUACCUGGGCUUCCAUCAGUCGGACGUGGUGCAUCAGAGUGUGUUUGAGCUGAUCCACACAGAUGACCGGGCCAUGUUCCGGCGGCAGCUGCACUUCGCCCUGAACCCCACACAGUGUGACCUGUCUGACGACCCUGAGGGCCUGCAGAAGAGCAGCGAGAUCAGCACCAACAUCGUCAACUACAACCCCCAGCAGCUCCCACCAGAAAACUCCUCCUUCCUAGAGAGGAGCUUCUGCUGCCGCUUCCGCUGCCUCCUCGACAACUCCUCCGGCUUUCUGGCUCUGAACUUCCAGGGUCGUCUGAAGUACCUUCACGGUCAGAACAAAGUGGCGGAGGACGGCACCAUAGCGCACCCCCAGCUGGCCCUGUUCGUCAUCGCCACUCCGCUCCAGCCUCCGUCCAUCCUCGAGAUCCGCAGCAAAACGCUCAUCUUCCAGACCAAACACAAGCUGGACUUCACCCCCAUGGGCGUCGACGCCAGGGGUAAAGUGGUGUUGGGUUACACUGAGAUUGAGCUGUGUAUGAGAGGCUCCGGUUACCAGUUCAUCCACGCCGCUGACAUGAUGUACUGUGCUGACAACCACGUGCGGAUGAUCAAGACUGGUGAAAGUGGAUUCACAAUUUUCCGGCUCCUGUCCAAGUCAGGAGCUUGGAUUUGGGUGCAGGCUAACGCCAGACUAGUCUACAAGGGCGGACGGCCAGACUUCAUUGUGGCGCGGCAGAGAGCUCUAAGUAACGAGGAAGGUGAGGAACAUCUUCGCCAGAGGAAGUUGCAGUUGCCCUUCGGCUUUGCAACCGGGGAGGCCGUCCUCUACGAAACAGGUCCUUCUCUGGAUAUGGGCGACAUGCCCAACCAAGGCAAAGGCGGGAAGCUUCCUGUGAUGGCCCCGAGUUCCUUGCUGAGCUCUAGGCUAAAGCAGGACCAAUCCAUCUACCAGGCCAACAAUGACCCCAACUCCCAGUUCUGCCUGGAGAAGGCCUUCAGGGACAGCCACGCCUUGCUCAACAUACCCCGGAAUACCUGGCAACCUGCCAUUAGCAGUGAAACAGCAGAAGGUGCUGCUGGGAUCAAAGAAGAAGCGAAGGUUCAGGACAUGAUGGUCAGCCUGCAGCAGAUCAUUACAGACAGCAGCUUGUGUGGAACCAUAGAAGAGUUUAAUGUGGACCAGGAGGAGUUAAAGGAGUGGGAAAAUGCCCUCUUGCGGAUGAGCAACUUGAACAAUGAGGCAGAGACACCCAUUGAGCUCAAUGACAUCAUGGCCAAUGAUAUCUUCUCAUACGUGGAGGACAUGCUGUUCAAGGAAACCAGCCCCGGACUUUCCAAAAGGUUGCCUGAGUGCCUCUCCGAGCUGCAGCUGGAAGGAGAGAUUGAGGGCCAAGGUGGCCAGGAGCUUGCUGACUUUUUGAGUGUUCAAGAUGGUGUUCAAGAUACAGGAAGCCCAGGCAGGGGAAUGAUGAAGCUCACACACGUGAGUCCGGAGAUCCCUCUUGCGCAGCAGGAUGCAUUUGCAGACUUGUUUGGCAUCUCUGAAAUGGCAGGACAGAAGAUACCCAGCUUCAAUAAUCUGAUGGGAUUCGACUCUCCACUUGCCGGGCAGCAGAACCAGGCAAGGCUUGUGCCACAAAUUGACCAGGGACUGGGGUCUCAGUCAUCGAUGCAAGCAGGAAGCGUGGUGUAUCCAAACAAUGUGGCACUGCCGAACCCUUCAGAACCAAUCCCAGCCGGUGAGCUUCCACAACCAGCUGAACCAGCCAAUCAGGCAGAGCAAUCAGUGGGUCCCCAGUAGCGAGACUCACAGCCAAAAUAUUUCACUUCCACAAGAUGUCCCAUUGAAUCCCUCCCCCAGCACUGGCCUCCAAGGACAGUUUUCUAUCAACACUCAGAACAUAGCAAAUCAGACCAAUCAAAGACUCCCGACAUGGCAGCCGUCCCACCCGUCUGUUCAGUCAAGGCUGCCAAACAUCCCAAACAUUCCCAACAUUGUGAAUGUCCCCAAUAUCCCAAAUGUCCCCAGUGGUCGUCACCAGGUUCUCUGCGGACAGCCGAAAAAUGUCGAGGAAGAUCCACUCGCUAGAUUAAUGAUGCAGUCUAACUUUGGCUCUGGCUCCUAUCCUCAACCUUCUGCCAAUACAGUGUACAGCCAGCAGGGGGAGCUCAUGCAGCCUUCUGCAAGUUCAUUGUAUGUCCAGCAGGCGGAGCUGAUCCAAACGCCUGCUAACAGCCUCUUCAACCAGCAAGGAGAGUUAAUGCAGACAGCUGCUAAUAGUGUCUACAACCAGCAGGGGGAGCUGAUGCAGCCUUCUGCUAAUGCAGUGUUUGGCCAGCAGGCGGAUAUGAUGGCCAAUUCUGUCCCUGCACCAGCCAGCAGCUGCAUGUUUGAGAGGCCACCACAGGCCCCCAUGAACGGCCUAUGCUACGAUCCAGUCGCGCAAGAAGCCUUGAUUUCAUCUCACCAGAAGACGAAAGGCUUCAUUACCCAGACAUCACCACAGGGGUCAUGCUUCUACCAGAGUGGACUGGGAGACAAUGUCCUGAACAGCAUGACCAUACCAGAGGGAAACAACAUCAACACCAUCCCCUGCCACCUCCCACUGAGGCAGGAGGGCAUGCUCCCACAGCAGCAGUACCUUACCUGCAAUGGACAGACACAGAUCACCAACCAUCCAAUCAAGGACAACGGAACGUUUCAUCUCGGAACCUCGUGUUUUUCCGGCAACAACCAAAACAGCAAUUUUUAGGGAAAAAAGGAAAACAGCCCGUCCAUUUGCAGCCACUGAUGUGCCUACAGACUUUCAAAAGCAGCACUUUUCUCUAAACGGAGAAAAAGGAGACGCCGUAAAUGUUCAGACUCUUUCGUAUAUUGUUUCGUUCUGUUGCAGCUGAAAAAGGACGAGAGAUCGGAACGGUAGCGCUCUGAGAACAGGCUACCAGUGGAACCCCGCCUGUCUGCUUAAACACACUCACUCCUUCACCUGUUCAUUCGGUCAUUCGGUCACUCCCUGACCAGAGGAGAAAAAGAAGUACCCAUGAGAACAUAUUUAUUUUCAUAAUUUUUCAUGCAUUUCCUUCUCUGGUUUAUUUAGUUUCAUUGUUUAUAGUCGUUUCGACGAAAGGCGAGAGAGGCGUGGAGUGGUGGAGAAUGCGGGCAGAGUGUGUGUGUGAGAGUGUGUGUGUAUGUAUGUGUGUGUGUGUGUGUGUGUGUGUGGUGUGGUAGAGGAGGGGCCACCCAGACCUCAGUUAUGAAGUAUGCAGUAGAAAAGGUAGGACCUUUUCAUUGCGGGGAUAAGAUUCUGGGGAAAGCCAUUUAAGACGCACACUCUUGUUAAUUUUUUUUUGUUUUGUUUUUGUUUUUGUUUUCUAUUUAUUUAGAAAGCUUAAUACUCAAAAAGGGAAAAGGCUGUCACUGUAGUCGAGAAGCCCUCAUGUGCUCCCUUUUACUUCGCUCUCUAUGCACUUAGGAUGGUGAAAUACACACCUGUUAAAAAAUAGAAAAAAAAAAGUACCAGUCAUCCAGCGACAGCAGUAUAUCAUAUCUCUGAAUAAGUCAUAUGCAGUUAUGCUUGGCAUACUAUCAUUUAUCUCAGUGUGUAUAUACAGCAACACAAAGUACCGCGUUUACCUUGACCCUGAUCCGGAUGUGGAGGGGCAGCUGGACAGUUACAGCUACCGCUGCUUGACCGACAGCCCGGUUGAAGCAGAAUUCCCUUGAAGCUCUUCGUCUUUUGGAUUUUUAAGGCGAGCGGAGGAACCCCCCCCCCUCAUCUGAACCCAACGGCCAAUCGCACAGGCUUAAUUUGACAUACAGAAACCCUACAGCCAGUCUUGUGGGCCCAAUUGGACAUGCACAACCCCAACAGCCAAUCACAUGAGCUCAGUCUGACAUGCAAAACCCCAACGGUCAAUCAGGUGAGCCCAGUCUGACAUGCACAAACUCAAUGACCAAUCACACAAGCCCAGUCUGACAUGCAGAAACUCAAUGACCAAUCACACGAGCCCAGUCUGACAUGCAGAAACUCAACAGCCAAUCACACUGGCCCAAUCAGACAAACAAAAACCCAACAGCUAAUCACCCUGGCCUAAUCAGACAAACAAAAACCCAACAGCCAACCACACUGGCCCAAUCAGACAAACAAAAACCCAACAGCCCAUCACACUGGCCCAAUCAGACAAACAAAACCCCAACAGCCCAUCACACUGGCCCAAUCAGACAAACAAAAACCCAGCAGCCCAUCACACUGGCCCAAUCAGACAAACAAAAACCCAGCAGCCCAUCACACUGGCCCAAUCAGACAAACAAAAACCCAACAGCCAAUCACCCUGGCCUAAUCAGACAAACAAAAACCCAACAGCCAACCACACUGGCCCAAUCAAACAAACAAAAACCCAACAGCCCAUCACACUGGCCCAAUCAGACGAAAACCCAACAGCCCAUCACACUGGCCCAAUCAGACAAACAAAAACCCAGCAGCCCAUCACACUGGCCCAAUCAGACAAACAAAAACCCAGCAGCCCAUCACACUGGCCCAAUCAGACAAACAAAAACCCAACAGCCCAAUCACACUGGCCCAAUCAGACAAACAAAAACCCAACAGCCCAUCACACUGGCCCAAUCAGACAAACAAAAACCCAGCAGCCCAUCACACUGGCCCAAUCAGACAAACAAAACCCAGCAGCCAACCACACUGGCCCAAUCAGACAAACAAAAACCCAACAGCCCAUCACACUGGCCCAAUCAGACAAACAAAAACCCAACAGCCCAUCACACUGGCCCAAUCAGACAAACAAAAACCCAACAGCCCAUCACACUGGCCCAAUCAGACAAA